CAGGAAUCACCCCCCUGUACUGGAAAGUGGGAUGAUCCAGUCAACUUCAUUCAAGGUUCAUUCAGUUCAGGCUAGAAGCUUGACUGUGAUUGAAUCACAAUACACUACUGUAUGAAAUAAAAUGCCAGUGUCAACGAAUAUUUAAGAGCUGCUAAACGUCCGUAAGAUCUAGAAAUAUGAACGCGGAAGAUAUUUCCAAACGCACGCACAAAACGUGAGGAGGCGUGAUGGAUGCAAAGGACAGAGAGCGGCAACGGACACGGAACGCUUGCAAAAGAACCGAAAGCGCCAGCGUCCUGCGCUCGCUCAGCGUAGACGAUAAUGAGACAAUGGGAGACGAGUUGGACCUGGGUAAACAUGGUAGUCUUGAACGGCGGCUUUUUGCACCGCGGUACAGCUUGCUUCGUGAAGUUGGCAGGGGCAGUUAUGGCGUUGUGUACGAAGCAGUUGCCCGUAAAUCAGGUGCGAGAGUGGCGGUGAAGAAGCUGCGCUGUGACGCGCCUGAGAAUGUGGAGUUGGCGCUGGCGGAGUUUUGGGCUUUGACCAGUCUGGAGAAACGCCAUGAGAAUGUGGUGCAGCUGGAGGAGUGUGUGCUCCAGAGGAACGGGCUGGCCCAGAAAAUGAGCCAUGGCAAUAAGCGUUCAAAGCAGUAUUUGAGGUUGGUGGAGACCUCUUUGAAAGGUGAGCGUGUAUUGUCAUGCCCUGAUGAGCCCUGCUACCUUUGGUUUGUAAUGGAGUUCUGCGAAGGAGGAGAUCUGAAUCAGUUCAUCCUGUCUCGUCAGCCCGAUCCCUGCACCAACGCCAGCUUCAUGAUGCAGCUGAGCAGCGCUGUGGCAUUCCUCCAUCAAAAUAACAUUGUUCAUAGAGACCUUAAACCAGAUAAUAUCCUCAUUUCACAGCGUUCUGGUGCACCCGUGUUGAAAGUGGCUGAUUUUGGACUGAGCAAAGUUUGUGCUGGUCUUGGUGCCGGAGUACGGGAAUCAGACGAGGGUCGGGACAAAAACAAGAACGGUGUUGUUAACAUCAACAAGUUCUGGCUCUCGUCGGCAUGCGGCUCGGAUUUUUACAUGGCACCGGAGGUGUGGGAAGGACAUUACACAGCCAAAGCAGACAUUUUUGCUCUGGGCAUUAUCAUCUGGGCCAUGAUCGAAAGAAUCACUUUCAUUGACGCUGAAUCGAAGAGGGAACUGCUUGGGACGUAUGUGCGGCAGGGUUCUGACAUUGUCCCGGUUGGGGAGGCGCUUCUGGAGAACCCAAAGAUGGUGCUGAGUAUUCCCCAGCGCAGGCGCUCGCACAUGUCCGAGGCACUCCGGAAACUUUUGCAGGACAUGCUGGCUGUCAAUCCUCAGGACCGACCAGACGCACUAGAGCUGCACAGCAGAAUGGGAAAGGUCACGUGUGCAGCGUAAACUCUGACCUUUGACCUGAAUGCACACACAGGUUUUCCCUUUCCACAGCAGACUAGAAGGGGCCACGUCGCUUGGAAAACUGUGAAUCUACCAUUGCUGAUUUAAUGUGAAGAGUACAAAGUACUCAACUUGAACAUCAAUACAAAUAGUUUUUCAACUGACCUUUCACUUUUUUUGUUUACAGUAGUGAUUUAACCAAAUCAUUCAGCAAGCCUAGAAGUGUUCAGCCUAACUCAAUCAUCAGUUACAUCACUAAGAGUGAAGUAAAGCUAAAAACAAUGUUGUGAUACAGUGAGUACAAUCGAGCUAAAACAAGCAACCUAUUUAUUAGUCUUACUGAGGGACUAGGACUCUAAAAUUCUGUUCAUGGAGCUUCCCUAGUUGCUCAUCCACUCAAAACAAUCUGUUGCCAUUUUAAAAAAAUAGACAACAAAAGUAUUUCAAUUAUUUAAUUUUUCAGUUAAGUUUUAUGAGCAGUAAAGCCUUCAGUUUUAGUACACAAACAGUUCACAGAUAUUAGGUGUCAGUGAUUUGUUUAUUUGAUUUGAUGUAUUUGCAGUACAUAGAUACUUGACUACAUUUUGAGCCCAAGCACAUGUCACUAACCAAGUCUCAUAGUCUUACUCUUUUGUCCAAUCAGUUGGUCUUUGAGUUAAAAAUGAAACCACAGGACUUGAUAUUAUUUUAUUUUUUUUUGCUCUGUCAUACCACAAUAUGUGAAAUUAUGAUAAUUAAAGACUAACUCAUUUUAAUUUGCUAUUGAAAUGCUCAUCUUAAGCCUAAACCCAGUAUUGAGAUUCUUCCUUGAAUGGAGAUUGAUUCUGGUGCCUUGAAGUCUAGUGAUAUUGAGAUUUCUUUUAGGUUUUUGUUUCGUUUUACAGCUUUAUCUUUUAAACAUGCAGUACAUUCUCCAAGAUUUUAAUAUUUAAACAAUUUACAUAUUAGACAAUUUACGUUUAACCAUUUAGGUGCCAGUUUUGCAUUGUUUGAGAUUAUUUCUUGCCCAAAAAGUUUGUUUAAUUUUGGUGCCCAUUUACAAUGCCAAUGUCAUCUAUGGAAAACAGUGUGAACAUCCCUUCUCCACAGACACACACACACACAUACACUUAUACAGUUUAACAGUUUUGUUGUUUUUGGACUUGAAAGAUUAGGUUAUGGAUAGAUUAUGAUUAAUAGGAGUUUAAAAGAAAUGUAAUUUCUCAGCAUUUUUACAAAUGCAUUUCCAAUUUAAAACAGUGAUAUUCCAUUUUUGUUAGCUGAUUAUUUGGAAUUGUUUUCAAAAACAGGAUGUUAGCUCCAUAGUAGUACUAUCGGUCUCUUUCAUCUGUAUCUUAAAUGCUUCAUAGAGAACAAUUUGGUGUGUCUGUGUGUGUUUGACUGUUUCCAAGUGUGAUUUUUGCCUGACAGUUUGUGUGUGCUAGUUCUACCUCAGCACUCUUGUGUUUUAGUAACUAAUUCACUAAAUAAACUAGCAGUGCUUUCUGUUUUUUGGAGAGACUCGUAGUUAACAUUUUUCAGAUGGUUUAUUUAUUUUUUUUAAUAAUAAAUCUAUAGUGUCAAGGUUUUAGUAACUUUAUUCCCUUUUCUUUUUUUGACUGCUUAUUGCUGUCUGCUGUAGAAGAAACUUGAGGCUUGUGAGAUCAAGAUUGAAUCACCCUCAGGUUUAAGGUAUUUUGAGUUGUAAUAUUAUGGGCUGUAUGGUUCUUCAGUUGGGAACAAAAAGUGUUCUGUUACUUUUUAUAUUUCCGAUUAAGUUUUCAUUCUGUCAGGAAAUGCUUUUUGUUUUUAAUGGGAGCAUUGUUUCAGUUUCUUUUAAAUCCACAUUUAUUUUCCCGAAUGGCAUUUUAAAUGAUUGUAUGCUCUAUGAGGGUCAGUUAAUCCUGGAGAGAGUUGGUAAAUGUUUUUGCAUUUGCUUUAUUGUUCUCAGUUACUCUUCUUUUCAGUUUGAAUGUUUUAGAGGGCAGAAACACAGAGAAUUUUGUCAUAGCAGUCAGACGAAUUACAGUAUUAGACUGCACUUGCACUGAGGAGAGUGAACCGAGCAUAAUAGAAGCUCACUUCCUAUUGUAUCAUCUCUUUUACUCAAAUUAUGUUUUUCUUUGUAUUCCUUGUGGUCCAACUUUGACUGUACAACGCACUCGUCUAUGCAACCUUUCCUUCUCUGACACUGUGUGAUGCUGCUCUGCUAAACUAGCCUCUUCAGACCUUGACAUUUUUUUUUUUUUUGCUCUUUUGUGCUCAUUUUAUGACCUUUUUGUGGAGCACUUUGUGCUUUUUGUGUGAAAGUUGGACUUUCCUUUUAUGUAAAGCACACUAGAGCACACUUGGAAGCUUCACUCUUUUGGGUGUCAUCUCUUAUUGUUUUGAUGUUUUCGAUCAAUAAACCAUGUAAAAGCAUAA